AUGGAGGCCCUCAAACCCCAUGGUGGUGGUGUGAUGGACGCGUCGACUCCGGUCGCGCCCGAGGAAGUGAUGGACGUCCCAGACGCCCCGGAUACCCCAACACCAAACCGCUGGAGGCCUGAGGAGAUGAUAGGGUCUCUUAAUGAGACAAUUAGCCUGGUUGCAACUCGGUCAGGCAAUAUAUCAGGGUCCAUUAGGGCCCCAAGCCGGGCCAGCGAGACCCGAAACGGAAUCAAACGCAAGACCUUGAAGAAAGCCUACCAGGACAGUCUAGAACAACUACAGGCACAGGUGACAGAGGAACUGCAAAGCUGGAAGGCCCAGCAACAAAUACGUGAAGGCCUUUACACGGGACAGAUUGCCGAACUUGAAACCGAGGUUAGAACACUCCGUACAGAGCUUAGAGAAGCCCAACAAGCUAUACAAAGGCAUGGAGUAAUGGACCAGACGAAGCAACUGGCCAGAAGCCAGGGUCAGGCCCAGGUCCAAACUGAACUGCCAAAACACACGCCAAAGCCUAGCCGGACACUGAAUCAGAAACAGACAACCUUUGCAGAUAUAGCAGCCCUGCUAGCUACCACUCCAGGAGGCCAAGGAUGGCAGGAAGUUCCCCAGAAAAAGAAGAAACUGCAAAGACAGGCAGACCCAAUCAAGCAGCCAGAACCUAGCAACCUCAAGCCAGCCAGAGAGUCUCCAAAAGAGGCCCGGAGGCUACUUUUUCGUCGUGAAAAGGGGGAAACAGCCCUAAGAGCAGAGAGGGAGGACAUUAUACUAGCUGUCAACCGUAGACUAGCUAGUGAGGGCUUCCCAGGAUUUAUACGCGCAGUUGAUGCGGGAUAUAGCAACACAGGGGCAAUCUCAGUUCUCUUGGAAAAGAAAGCCCUAGGAUCUAUGCUCCUUCCCAACCAUCAGGACCUACUUGUGGCAGCUAUCCGACAGGCCGACCCUGCAGUUAUCUCUGUCGAGCUUCCAGAGCAAUGGUAUCGGAUUAAGGUUCAUGGAGUUCCCAUCAGACGUUAUUUGAGCUUCAGCUUAAAUCUAGCUCGAGAGGAGAUUGAGCUAGGCACUGAAUUCCGACUUAAGAGAGACCCUACCUAG